AUGCGAUGGCCUAGAAAAGACACUAUUUCAAUCCACCAUCGUGCCUCCACUCGGCAGAAUUCGCCAACAUCAAGACACUCCCAAUCAAUCCGAAACUCGCUUGAAAAUACCGUCUACACCACAUCCGCGCGGUUUUCGUCUAAAAUACCAACUCCAACUGGAAUAGCCACACGGUCAUCAAAACCACAAACGCCACUUUGCCUUCGCCGAGCGGCUCAAAAACUAGCCGCCUGUCACCGAGGAAUAGACGUCCAUCAGGAAGUAUGUCAACCAGUGGGAAAACGAGUGUUACUGGCUCUAAUAACGGCAGCAAGAAACCUCGGAGAAAUUGAAUGCUGUACCGACCGCAACGACGAAAGUACAGCCGCAGUUGAAGCAGCUCAUCUUUACAAAGGCGGACAGAAUUUGAAUCAACAGAUCUAUUGUGUUCAGACGCAAAGCCCAAGCGGGAGAAGAAGGACAAAGAAUUUCAUGCAAAAAGGCUCUUUUGGUCAAGUGUUAAAGUGUCUUGAUCGUAAGACUGGCGAACAUGUCGCAGUAAAGAUUAUCAGAAACAAGAAGAGGUUCCAUUGUCAGGCCUUGGUAAAGGUCAAGAUUCUAGAGUCUCUUGCUCGAUGGGAUCCAGACGAUAACCAUAACAAUUGGUACUUCAGAAACCAUCUCUGUAUUGCAUUUACAGAAUUAGAUGAAGUAUCCGCUGACGUGACUUCAAGAGAGCUUUGUUACGGAUUUUCACAUAUAAAAUCAUUGUUAGAAACACAUCUAAUGGAUCCGAACAUUUUCGUAGACGAUGAGAAUAAUGUUCCUCUUCAGUUUUCGCAUCACGAUGUUGAAAUAUUGAUGGACGAUGAACAAGCACAAAACGUAUAUAUUUUUACACUUCCAUACAAAGUCUUCGGCGAAGACUUAGUUUGGGAUAUGCUUAUAAUGACAGUGAU